UUUAAUCUUCCGUAUUGUCUCUACAAAACAUGUCAAAUGGCUGUGUGUCUAACUCUCAUGUCCAGUAUGGAUUCAUCAACACAUGUUUGAAGUCUCUAGUGAUUGACAGAUUUGGAGAAGAGACAUGGGACAAACUAAGGGAUGGGGCAAGGGUCCAAGACACCUUUAUGACUUAUGAAGUGUACACAGAUGACAUCACCAUGCAGUUAGUGACAGAGGCCUGCAAGAUGCUUGACAUUGAACAAAGUGUGUUGCUGACGCAGUUUGGAGAAUACUUCUUUGAGUUCUGCAAAAGGUCUGGAUAUGAUCAUAUGUUGCGCACCCUUGGAGGAAAUCUCUUUGAGUUUAUGGAGAAUCUGGAUUCACUGCACAGCUAUCUCUCUCUUUCCUACAAGGAAAUGAACGCACCAUCAUUCCGUGUAGAAAAAAACAAUGACGGCACCUUGCUGUUACACUACUACUCAGACCGACGAGGUCUUUGUCAUAUUGUCCCUGGUAUCAUUGGAGCUGUGGCCAAAGACUUCUUCAACAGCACAAUAAAGAUGGAAAUAGUGAACCAGAUAGAGGAAGUUGAGAGGAUGGGAAAAAAGGAGCAUAUUGUUUUCCUCAUCACACCAGUGUUCUUAGACAAAGACUUUUCUAAAAGGUCCCUCCUGAAGAAGUCUGAAAAUCCUGUGCAGAAAAACCACUGGGGCACAGUCAGAAGCUUGAUACAUCCAGAGAAGGAUAAAACUUUAAGGGGAUUUGAGCCUGUGUAUCCAGAUAAUCUCUGCAUUGAUCUGAAGACAUUUUGCAAUGCCUUCCCUUUCCACAUUGUGUUUGAUGAAGAACUACAGGUUAGACAGGCAGGGGUGACUAUUCAGAGAAUUGUGCCAGAGUUACAGACCAGGUGUGGCCAGCUGGAUCAAUAUUUCACCAUCCAGAAUCCAAAGGUGACUUUCAACAUCUGCAGCAUCCGCAAGUUCAUUAAUAGCCAUUUUAUUUUGCGGGCAAAAAGAGAAAUAAUGCCUAUGGCUUGGAAAGAGAGACCCAUGCUAGAACUGAGAGGACAAAUGAUAUGGAUGCCUCUGUUGCGUUGCAUGCUGUACCUCGCUUCGCCCUUACUUCGCAGCUUGCAGGAGCUGGAGGAGCACUGCAUGCACCUCUCUGAUAUUGCUCCACAUGACGCUACACGUGAUCUGAUCCUGCUUAACCAGCAGCGUCUAGCGGAGAUGGAGCUCUCCAACCAGCUAGAACGGAAAAAGGAAGAGCUGCAUCAUCUUUCAAAACACCUUGAGGAAGAAAGACAGAAGACAGAAAAUCUACUCUAUGCCAUGCUGCCUAAACAUGUUGCCAACCAGCUGAAAGAGGGCAAGAGAGUGGAGGCAGGUGAGUUUGAAGAGUGCACCAUCCUCUUCAGUGACGUGGUGACCUUCACAGAUAUCUGCUCUGAGUGUGAACCCAUCCAGAUUGUUUCCAUGCUCAAUUCUAUGUACCUGAAGUUUGACCGUCUUACCUCUGUACACAAUGUUUACAAGGUUGAGACAAUUGGAGAUGCUUACAUGGUUGUUGGUGGUGUGCCAAUCUUGAUGUCAAGUCACACUGAGCGUGUUGCCAACUUUGCCCUAGGCAUGAUCAUAGCUGCAAAAGAAGUUACUAACCCUGUGACUGGUUGCCCUAUUCAGAUUCGGGUGGGCUUGCACAGUGGACCGGUGUUGGCAGGGGUGGUUGGUGAGAAGAUGCCUCGCUACUGUUUAUUUGGAGAUACAGUUAACACGGCGUCCCGAAUGGAGAGUCAUGGCCUGCCUGACAAAAUCCACAUUAGUCCCAGUGUUUAUCAUGCUCUAAGAAAUAAAGGCUAUCAGAUGGAGGAGCGUGGAGAGAUAGAGGUAAAAGGUAAAGGAAGAAUGCAAACCUACUUCCUACAGAGGAACCUAAAAGUCACCGAGAGUGAGAUCAUGGGGCUUUUGGUGCACAACCCUGACUCAGUCAGGAAGAUGACUCAUUCUGGAAGAGACUGUGCUUCACAGCUACCUCACUAUAGGGCGGAGUUAAAAGCUACCCAGAGACUGCAGAAAGGAGACAGUUGUCCAUUGGUACCAAUGAAAUAUGGAGAUAGUCCAACAGAGAGCAAACCUCCCGCACAGUCUAUUGAACCUCAGAAACGCAAUAUAACAGGUAAACCACGAGAUUCUGAGAGUUAUGGGAGUCUUUACAGUGAGAAAAGCUCAUUGGACGAGCUCACAAAGGAGAGCACACCCAACAAGACUGACAAUAAGAAACCUUCAAUUGAUAAACAGAGCAAACAUGUUCACACUAGGUUCUGUUUGUUAUUCUGAUCUGUUUCAUGAGCCCAGAUGUAUCCAAUAUGUUAUACUUUAACUAUAGUGUUUAAUGUAAUGGUAAUAUGGAACA